AUGUCUGAAGAAAUUGUAAUAUCUGGUAUAGCCGGAAGGUAUCCAGAAUGUGACAGUUUUAAUGAAUUUAAGGAAGCUCUAUUUAGCGGCAAGGAUUUGAUUACUGAAGAUAACCGAAGAUUUGAACCAGGUACUUACAAUACCCCCAAAAGGACUGGAAAAAUCAAUGGUGUAGAAAAUUUUGAUGCAUCCUUUUUUGGGAUACCACCUAGACUAGCGAACUUUAUAGAACCAAGACAUAGAAUUGUGUUUGAAACGGUUUUUGAAGCCAUGGUAGAUGCAGGUUAUAACCCUAAAGAAUUCAGAGGUACAAACAUGGGUGUUUUUGUUGGCUGUAGCAAUUUUGGUGCGGAAGAAAUUUACUCUGAUGCAGAUAAUACAUUUGGAUACUCAGCUUUUGGCUGUGUUAUCUCACAAUUAGCCAACAGAAUAUCAUUUUGUUUUGAUCUGAAAGGACCUAGUUUUACCAUAGAUACAGCGUGCUCGUCUAGUUUUUAUGCGUUAGCAAAUGCUGUUAACGCGAUUGAGAGUGGUCGAAUUGAUGCAGCUAUUGUAGCAGAUUUUGAAAAGCAGUUCAUGUCCUUGCCUUAUGAAAGACUUUUAAAUAAUGAUAUAAGAACAUAG